AGAUAUCUAGGUGUGUGAUUUGGUAAAUUGCCGUUUUAAAAUGAUUGUAUGAUCAUUUAUGACAAUAUUUAUUUUAGGAGGAUUAUUUCUGGGAUGAAAGCGACCGGAUGAAAAAAACCAAGCAUGCGUAAAUACGAAUAAGGACGACCGUGCUCCGCAAGCGCAAUUUUGAGCCUUCUUCUCUCCUCGCUUCUGAUGUAAGGAAACUGAGAUGGUGAUAUCUUUUCACCUCCUUUGAAAAAGCAAAAAAACUAUUAAUUUUGGCAAGCUUUUUUCGGGUGCACGUUUUGUCAAGGAGCCUCUUGUUUCAGCAACUACAGCUCGUGAAAGCUCAUUUUGGCAAACUUGUCUUCAUCGAUAAAGAAAGAGAUAAUUUAAAUUUUAGUAAUAAUUUAUUUUCCCCUUUUUAAUAUCCACUGUUAUCUUCUCUCCCGUGCAUCAAGCAUCAAUCGAAGAUUCCAUCUUUGUUGGUUGCGACGAUGACGAUAGCUAGUUCCGGCUACGGGCCCGACGGAGUCUACCGUUCCCUCAAACCGACGAUCGCCGUCCCCUCAGACCCCGCCCUCUCCAUGGUCCCCUUCCUCUUCCGUGACGCCGCCGCGUUCCCCGACCGUCUCGCCGUCGCCGAUGCCGAUUCCGGGGCUACCUUAUCCUUUUCCGAGCUCCGAUCUGCAGUCCUCUCCGCCGCCUUCGGAUUAGCCUCCGCCUGCGGCCUCCGCAAGGGCGACGUCAUCCUCAUCUUCGCCCCCAAUUCCCUUCAUUACCCGGUCGCCUUCCUUGCUAUCCUCUCGCUUGGGGCCGUCGUCACCACCGUCAACCCCGCAUACACCAUUCAAGAGCUCUCUAAGCAGGUCAGCGAUUCCUGCCCCAAGCUCGUUGUCACUGUCCCUGAUCUCUGGCCGAAAGCUGCCGCCUUACACCUCCCAGCGGUCAUCAUCGGCCCCAAAGGUUUCGCAUCGUCCCUUGCCCCCGUUUCCCCCUUCACAUACUUCUCCGACCUCGUGUCCUAUCCGAUUCCGUCCGGGUUCUCUCUGCCGUCGGUGUACCAGUCGGACGUCGCGGCACUUCUGUACUCGUCAGGGACAACUGGAGCGAGCAAGGGCGUCGUCCUGACGCACCGGAACUUCAUAAACACCGCCCUCAUGGUGACGGCGGAUCAAGAUGCAAGAGGCGAGGGCCCGAACACCUUCCUAUGCUUCUUGCCAAUGUUCCACAUAUUUGGCUUGUCUGUGAUUACCUACGCUCAGUUGCAGAGGGGCGACGCCAUUGUAUCCAUGGCAAGGUUCGAGAUGGAAGCAACAUUGAAGGCACUCGAGAAGUACAGGGUUACACAUUUUUUUUGCGUGCCGCCUGUGAUGAUCGCACUUGCUAAGCAGGGGAAAAUGACUAAAUAUGAUCUCAGCUCGCUUAAAUUUGUAGGUUCUGGUGCCGCACCUUUAGGUAAGGAUGUAAUGGAGGACGUCUCCAAGAACUUACCCAGCGCCAUAAUCAUCCAGGGAUAUGGUAUGACAGAGACUUGUGGAAUUAUAUCAAAAGAGGAUCCUACCAAGGGAGAAGUUCGUAAAUAUGGUUCAACGGGGAAACUUGUGUCACAUUUGGAGGCUAAAGUUGUCAAUGUCGAUACAUUGAAACUUCUUCCGCCUAAUGAAGUCGGGGAGUUGUGCUUUCGUGGGCCAAACAUAAUGAAAGAGUAUCAUAACAACCCACAAGCAACAAAUUUAACUUUAAGGGAGGGGUGGUUACAUAGUGGUGAUCUUGGUUAUUUUGAUGAGAAGGGGCAGCUAUUUGUUGUUGAUAGAAUAAAAGAACUUAUCAAGUACAAGGGCUUUCAGGUUGCACCUGCUGAACUAGAAGGGUUGCUUCUUUCUCAUCCUGAGAUUUUAGAUUCAGUUGUAAUCCCAUUUCCUGAUGCCGAAGCUGGGGAGGUUCCAAUUGCUUAUGUGGUUCGUUCUCCCAACAGUUCAUUGACUGAACUGGAUGUCCAAGAUUUCAUUGCAAAGCAGGUUGCACCUUACAAAAGAUUGAGAAGAGUUACAUUUGUUACUUCUGUGCCUAAAUCUGCCUCAGGAAAAAUUCUAAGGAGAGAGCUAAUUCAGAAAGUUAGAUCCAAUUUGUAGAUGUUGCUUCAGAAAAACUUGCCAAUUGGUUAAAUAGCAAAAAUUUCAGUGUAAACUCUUGUGAUAAUGCCAAUAAGUUCUAUCCUUUUUGUUGGCUGGCCAAACUUAUCCAUAAGGUUUGCCCAAUUUUUAAAUGUUGCUUCAAAAAACUUACCAAUUGGUUAAAUAGCAGAACUCUUCAGUGGCAUGUGAUAAUGUCAAUAA